AUGGCUCCCCACGCAGACACCCUGUCCACCACCAACGGUACCGGUAGCACACUCAAAGCCACCGCCCCCACCUUCUCCCCCGUAACCAGCAUCCCCGAAUCCAAAUACCAUUCCACCUCCACCGCCUCCGCCAUCCACGACGAACACGCCUACGCAGCCCACAACUACCAUCCCCUCCCCAUCGUCUUUGCCCGCGCCUCUGGAUCCUCCGUCUGGGACCCCGAAGGAAACCACUACAUCGAUUGUCUCUCUGCCUACUCCGCCGUCAAUCAAGGCCAUUGUCAUCCGGAGCUCGUGGCGGCUCUGUGUGCGCAAGCUCAACGUCUAACGCUUUCCUCAAGAGCAUUCCAUAAUGAUGUUUUCCCUAAGUGGGCGGAGAAGAUUAAGCAGGUGUUUGGUUAUGAUAUGGUUUUGCCAAUGAAUACGGGAGCUGAGGCGGUAGAGACGGCGAUCAAGAUUGCGAGGAAGUGGGCAUACAAGGUUAAGGGCGUUGAGAAGGAUAAGGCCCUCGUUUUCGCAGCGGCGGAGAACUUUCAUGGAAGAACGAUGACCGCAAUUUCCAUGUCCGUCGAUCCUGAAUCUCGCGAUAACUAUGGUCCAUAUGUUCCAGGUGUCGGUGCUGAAUGCCCAACUACCAAGAGACAAAUUAGAUUCAACAAUGUAUCUGAUCUUGAAAUUGUUCUCGAAGCCCAUGGAAAGAAUACUGCUGCCUUUAUUGUCGAACCAAUUCAAGGAGAAGCUGGUGUUGUUGUCCCAGAUGAUGAUUAUCUUGCAAAGGUUCAUGCUCUUUGCAAGAAACACAAUGUCCUCUUGAUCUGUGACGAGAUCCAAACUGGUAUUGGUAGAACUGGACGUAUGCUUUGCUCAGAAUGGUCUGGUAUUAAACCAGAUAUGGUUACACUCGGAAAGGCCAUCUCUGGUGGAAUGUACCCAGUCUCUUGCGUUUUGAGUUCAAAGGAAGUUAUGCUCACUGUUGAACCUGGUACUCACGGUUCUACAUAUGGAGGUAAUCCAUUGGGUUGUGCAGUUUCUAUUCGUGCUUUGGAAAUCAUGGAAGAAGAAAAAUUGACUGAGAGAGCUGAAAAGUUGGGUCAUGUCUUAAGAAAGGGAUUGGAAGAUUUCAACAGUCCCAUGAUUAAGUUGGUUAGAGGAAAGGGUUUGUUGAACGCUAUUGUCAUUGAUGAGUCAAAGACUGGUGGUCACAGUGCUUGGGAUUUGUGUAUGUUGAUGAAGAGCAAGGGAUUACUUGCCAAACCAACCCACGAGAACAUUAUUCGUCUUGCACCACCUCUUGUCAUCAGCGAGGAAGAUAUUCAAAAGGCUCUCGCCAUCAUCAAGGAAUCUAUUGAUGAACUACCAAACCUCAAGGGUGAGAAAGAAGAUACCGUUAUUCCUGCAGGCGAGAAGAAUGUUCACAUCCCAUUGGAAAAUUAA